AUGCUGCUCGCUGGUACUGCCGUGCUGCCCCUCAUUGUUCCUGUUCUUCUUGUAUGGCCACCCGGGGGCAUGGCUUCGACGUCUAAGAGCUACGAGAAAGCCAGGGCUAGCGUUGAAAAGGCAACGGGCCACUUCGCGGAUGUCCAGACAAUCUCGGCCAAAGACGUGCUACGGCUAGAACAAGAAGGGAAAAAGGUGCUUCUGGUCGACGUUCGUACGGAGGACGAGAUGAAGGUUUCCAUGCUCCGAGGCGCUCUUACCAGGGAAGAGUUCGAGAACAGCAGCCUGGGAGAGGCGGCCAGGACCGGGAAAAAGUUCCGAGAACGUUCCGGGGAAGGCGAGGAGGCUUGGGGUGUCGUGGCGCCGUACUGUACAGUUGGAUUCCGUUCCGGCCAGUACGCCAAGAAGCUCGUGGACUUGGGAUACCCAUCGGUCAGAAACAGUGAGGGAGUCGUUCUGUGGACCCACGACGUCGGCAACGGCUUGGUUGCGCGUGCUGCAGAUGAGGUGGAAUCCGGGGGUAGCCCAGGUAGCGGACCUCGGAACGGUUCUGGUGUUGAGGUCAAGCGAUUGCACGUGUUCGGGUCACCCUGGGACCACGCAAGCGACGACUUCGAGACGAUCAAGUUCACCGCGACAGGAUGGUUUGGCUCGACAGUGAAAUCUGCGUUCUCCAAGAUGUUUAAGAAGAAAAAAACAUGACCCGGUGGCUGGAAGCGUCACAAAAGGAUUGUAUUCUGAAAUGGUGGCGUUGUAGCCCCAGCAGGGCUAGACUGUAUUGCCUAUCUGCGGCGGACUCCAGCAAGGCUAGUAGAUCACUUCACCUCAGGUGGAGGUAGGUUUCGUCGGCUGCAGCGCAGGGGUGUUCGAAAGCGUUCUCCGCACAAAGCUGUAAGCGUGUAAUACGGGCU